AUGACCCCCUUCCCCGCGUCCCCUACCCCCAGACAAAAUGUCCGCGUCGUUCUCUCGGACCCCGAAGGAAGCGGGCUUUACAAUAAAAUCAAGAAUGGUGUGAUGUUUGAUGUGAAAGAGGCAGAAGGGACAAAGAGGCGGCAUCAGGUGGAUACAGUUGUAGAAGGAAUGCAAGUUGUUCUUGGUGGUAUCAACAGGUUAACGCGAAACUUUGAAAUGGCGUCGGGGAUGAUUGACGAUGCGAUCCGAGUAACGGACAAAGAGGCAGUCGCCAUGUCCCGCUACCUGGUUCAAAACGAUGGACUGUUUCUCGGAUCGAGUAGCGCAUGUAACCUCGUUGCGUGUAUAAAAGUGGCCAAGGAGUUGGGAAGGGGAAAGGGAAAGGUCGUUGCUACCAUUUUGUGCGACUCUGGUACGCGACACUAUUCCAAGUUUUGGAAUGACGAGUACCUCGAAAAGGCGGGUAUUGAGGUCGACGUGGGGAUUGUGGAGAAGAUGCUCAAGGAUUAG